AUGGUGGGCUCGGCCGCCUACUCGGCGACCUCCAUCGUGGUGGUGAUGGCCAAGGACAAGGGCAGGGGGAAGGGCACCAAAGGGGGCGCCGCCUCCUCCUCCGCCGCCAACAAGGUCAGCUCACGGCGGCCUCCGAGGAUUACAUCCAACGUCAAGCAGAAUCUGAGGAUCGUGAAAUUCUGGAAGGACUACGAAAGGAAGCAAACAAGCGGGCCUCAGCCUGCCACCAGGUUCCGCAAAAAGAAAGUAAUGAAGGAGGUGCUUCCCGAUGACACGGACUUCUACGAGGACCCUUCUGCCACUCUUACCUGCACAAAUGACGGCAACUUGGAGAUCGCCUCCCCGGUUAUUCUUGUGGAUGGCUACAAUGUAUGUGGCUACUGGGGAAAGCUUAAGAGUGAUUUCUUGAAUGGGAAUCAAGGAAUUGCGAGGCAGAUGCUCAUUGAUGAGCUGGUAUCAUUCAGUGCAGUACGAGAGAUAAAAGUUGUAGUGGUAUUUGACGCUGCAUUGUCCGGGCAAGCUACACACACUGAAACUUAUAAAGGGGUUGAUGUGGUAUAUUCUGCUGACUUAUCUGCUGAUUGUUGGAUUGAGAAGGAGGUUGAAGCUUUGGUGGCAGAUGGAUGUCCAAAGGUCUGGGUUGUAACGUCGGAUGUACUGGAGCAACAAUUAUCACAUGGCGAAGGUGCUCUUAUUUGGAGCUCUAAAAGACUGGUUAAAGAGAUAAAAGAAUCAGAACUGGAGCUCGACGAAGAGCUGAAGGAAAUCAGGUCAACAUCAUUGCAAGGAAAGAUUUUUCAGCACAAGCUGAAACCUAAAGUAGUGCAAGGUUUAAAAAAUCUUCGGAAUCAGCUCGAAGAACAAGAGCGGAAAAAGAAGUGA